GUGAACUUUACAGAGACAAUUAGCUAGCAGCAAAGCCACCAUGAAAGGCGUCAGCCAACCUUUUCAUGCAGUCAUGCUCCCAUGGCUGGGUUUUGGUCACAUCUGCCCAUUUAUCCAACUCUCUAACUUGCUUGUUGAACAUGGCAUCACCGUCACCUUCCUCUCUCCCCCGACUCUCGUGCCUAAGAUCCGUCCAAGUCUCCACCCUUCCAUUCCAAUCGUCAGCUACGACCUCCCUCCCAUCACCGGUCUCCCUCUUGGUGUUGAAUCCACUGCCUCUGCUCUUUCUAUGCGCCUGCUUCUCAUGGAGGCCCUUGAUGCCAGUGAGCCGCAGAUUUCCAAUAUUCUGUGUAAACUUUCUCCUGAGGUCAUCAUCUUCGACUUUGUGUACCACUGGAUUCCCCCGCUUGCUUGCUCCUUGGGAAUCAAACCUGUCCUUUACUACAUUGCCGCUGCCAUUUCUGCUAUGCCUAUGAAGAUCUUCACAGUGCUGCACCCGAGAAAGCUAGCUCUUACUGUCAGUGAGAGGCUUCCUGUCAGGUUUGUUUCAGCUAUCACCAGCUUAAAGCCCUAUGAAGCACGAGACUUGUUGCAGAACUUAAGGAAGCAUCAUAACUCGGGAAUGUCCCCAUGCUCCAGGAUGCUCGCUGUCAUGGCGCUGAGUUCUGCCAUCAUCAUAAAAAGUGCCAUGGAGAUCGAGGACACGUACAUCAAGUUCUUCUCAUCCUUGACCGGAAAGCAGGUGCUCCCAUGCGGGGCGCUCAUGUCCAAGUCUCCGAGGGGAGAGCUCGAGGAACGAUGGCAGCAAUGGCUGAACAAGUUCCCAGUAGGAUCUGUUGUCUUUUGCUCCUUCGGCAGUGAAGUUUGCUUCACAAAUGAGCAGAUCCUCGAGCUCAUUGCGGGGCUAGAGAUGAGUGGUGCACCAUUUCUGGCAGUCCUGAAUUUCACUGCAUCUGGAGAGCAUGCAGCGAAGCAGGAGAUUGUGGGGGAAAGAAUGGGAGGAAAGGGGAUGGUGCAUGCUGGAUGGGUUCAACAACAGCAUAUUCUGAGGCAUCCUUCUGUUGGUGUGCACAUUAGUCAUGGCGGCCUAAGCACAAUGAUGGAAGGCGUGGCAGGUGGUUGCCAAACGGUGCUGAUCCAGCAGACAGCAGAUCAGUUUAUGAAUGCAAAGUUGAUGGUGAAGAGGCUUAAGGCUGGUGUUGCAGUUAAGAGGAGAUCCAAGGACGGAUGGUUUACCAGGGAAGCUGUGUGUGAGGCAUUGAGAAUGGUGACGGAGAAUGACGGAGAGAAAACGAAGAAGAUAAGAGCCAACAAUGCCAAACUAAGGGAAUUCUUGCUUAAUGAAAGCGUCCAACAAGAAUAUAUUAGGACUGUAAUAGGGAAACUCCAAGAGUUGGUGCUAUCACAGUCCUGUUGAAGUUGGUCACCCCAUUUAGUGUAUGUUUUUUCUUUUCUUGUGUGCCUAAUGGCUGUUACACGAUUGUUUCUUGUCUGUGAAGUUUGGUUAAGUUGCAUUUGCAGAAAGUUGGUGUUGUCAUGAUCUUGUUGAAGACGGUCACCCAUUGAAUGAAUGCUUUUCCUUUUUUGUGU